UAUUCAAAAUCCUUCCUUCUUUCCUCUUCUUUCCCAAAUUCAUUCAUUAUAUAUAUCCCCCACAAACUCUCACAUCCUCCAUAGCCAAAACCUUCUCACAAAACACACACACACACACACACACACAUAUACACCCAUUUCAACAAAAACACAAAUCUCCAAACCUCAGAAAAAUGCCUGCCAUUCCAGAAGAGCCCCUUCUCGCUCCGAACCCGGACCGGUUCUGUAUGUUCCCAAUCCAGUACCCGGAGAUCUGGGAGAUGUACAAGAAGGCGGAAGCCUCCUUCUGGACCGCCGAGGAGGUCGAUCUCUCCCAGGACGUCCUCCAAUUCGAAGCCCUAACCCCCGACGAGAAGCACUUCAUCACCCACGUCCUCGCCUUCUUUGCCGCCUCCGACGGCAUCGUCCUAGAGAAUCUCGCAGGAAGGUUCAUGAAAGAGGUCCAGGUCGCGGAGGCCCGCGCCUUCUAUGGCUUCCAGAUCGCCAUCGAGAACAUCCACUCCGAGAUGUACAGCCUCCUUCUGGAGUCUUACAUCAAGGAUUCCGCUGAGAAGACCCGCCUCUUCCACGCAAUCGACACCGUCCCUUGCAUUGCCAAGAAGGCCCAGUGGGCCCUCCGCUGGAUCGAUGGUUCCGAGUCCUUUGCCGAGCGCAUCAUCGCCUUCGCUUGCGUCGAGGGGAUCUUCUUCUCCGGAAGCUUCUGUGCCAUUUUCUGGCUCAAGAAGCGGGGGUUAAUGCCGGGACUCACCUUCUCCAACGAGCUGAUCUCGCGAGACGAGGGCCUGCACUGCGAUUUCGCCUGCCUUCUCUACUCCCUCCUGAGGAAGAAGCUGAGCGAGGAGCGAGUCAAGGCUAUCGUCCGCAACGCGGUGGAGAUCGAGAGGGAGUUUGUGUGCGACGCGCUGCCGUGUGCGUUGGUCGGGAUGAACGGCGCGUUGAUGAGCCAGUACAUCGAGUUCGUCGCCGACCGGCUCUUGGGUGCGCUUGGGUGCGGGAAGGUGUACGGUGUUCAAAACCCGUUUGAUUGGAUGGAGCUGAUCUCGUUGCAGGGGAAGACCAACUUCUUCGAGAAGAGGGUGGGUGAGUACCAGAAGGCCUCCGUCAUGUCAAGCCUCAACGGAAACGGUGGGUCCCACGUCUUCAAGAUGGAUGAAGAUUUCUGAUUUUUCUUCUGUUUCUGUAAUAACAUUUGAGUCACUUUUCUAGAUUUAAUAUUAUUUUUCUCUUCUUUUAUUUUUCAU